AUGGUACCAGCUACCCCCCGGAAGAAGACUAAAGCCACUGCAGCCCAGAGAGGACCCAAUGACGAAGAUCACGGAGAAAGACAGAAUGCCCCUGGCCGCUUCCCUGAUAAUAGCGAGUUUGAACGCGAAUCUGACAAUCUUGACCUCCCGAGAGCGGAAAUGGAAGAGGUAGUAUCAGAAUCUGCAAAAUCUACCAGAGAUAAAGUCGAGGAAGAUCUCGAGCUCAACGACCUAGCUAAUUCGAUAGAGCUUGUCCCGUUUAAAGUUCGAGCCGCGGGAAUUAUACGAGAGAAGAAACAGGCUGAAAAGGUUGCUACUGAGAUAACCUGGGCAGCCAAUAUCAAAGAUAUCGAGAUUGAGCAACUUGUGGAGGAAAAACAGAGCUACAUGAACCGGAUUGUUGAACUUGACGCAAAGGUUGCUGCCAUGGAAAGGGCUCAGGCCAGAGAUUGCAACCAGCCAGCCGCAGGCACUAGGGACCAGCGUAACGAGACUCUCCUCUCCGGUACUGGCGGUAUUGGUUGCCGUUCGAGUCGCCUGGAAGGACAAGCAGCGGAACAUAUUAUUGUACGUUCCCGUCGGGACUCGCUGAACUCUUACAAGAGCGUCAAAGACAUUAUGGAUUACCUCCGCUCUAUCUACGAAAACCUAUACCGCAAGACUAACGCUCAGAGCAAGCUACGUCAGUUAAUCAUGAAAGUCAGCAACAGAUUUACAGAGUUCAUUUCAACUUUUACUCUUAUUGUCUCUGAGGCAGAGCUUGCGAAAGAGGAAUAG